CUUUCCGCCUCGGAUCUUGGCAGCGUGACAGUGUCUGGUGUGUUUCGACCCUUUGUCGAGGUCUUCCUCUUCGGUCCCCUCCUGUCCGAUCGCAAGCGGCGGGUAGCCACCAAGUCCAAAUCCGGCACUACCUCGCCAAUGUUCAACGAGAGCUUUGUUUUCUACUUAUCCAAUCGCAGUGAUCCCGACUGGUAUGAGCUGCACUUCAGUGUGAAGGACUACUGUUUCGGCCGAUCGGAUCAUCUCAUCAGCAGCACUGUCCUCACGCUGUCACAGGCGCUCGAC